AUGUCCGACGCUCCAUUGCUGGUUCUUUUCGUUGACGACUCGCCCGCGGACUUUGGUUCGACUCGUCCACGAUUGCUCGCUCAAACUGCAAGAGACGCACCCGCGCCCGCCUCAACCCCAGCCCAGUUGAACGACGGCCAUGGUACUACUAGGGUGCGUGUCCCAAGCAGUGCCAGCCUCUCGACGUUCAUGCAUUCAUGCAUCGCUGACGAUCCUCCCUUCCUCGACCUGAUCCGUCCACUAUGGGCUCGGCGCACUGCUCCCUCCUGCUCAUGUGCAUGGGACGUGGAUGUUGAGGCUACGUACUCCAGUAUCAGCUAUCUGGAGGGCAUGUUUACUCUGGAGAAGGAUAAACAGCUUAAGUGGAGCGGUUCCAGAACCAUCAAGUGGGAGUAUUGCUGCAAGAAGGGGACCCUGAAGAUUGAGAACCUUUGGGAGUUCACCGAGGAGGACCAAAAGCAUGAUUAUGGGUACCAAAGGUACUGCAUGGAGAGGCAACAGCAAUCACCUGUGAGUGAGCCUGGGCUCCCGAGCGUGAGAUUCCUAGGGCACAGAUCCGAUGAGAAAGAGUGGAUACAAAAUCGGAUUGAAGCCUUAUACAUCCUCACAGCAGCCGUCGUGCUAUAUCGCGUUGUAAUUGACACGUGGAAGCUGAAGGAAUAG